CCGUCCCGGGCCGCCGCAGAGGGAUGGCGUCGGUGCUGCUGGACCUGGUGCACUUGACAACGUGGGCCGUGUGUGCCGUGAUCAAGCUGCCGCAGCUGGUGGCGGUGCUGAGGGCCGGCUCGGCGUCGGGACUCAGCCUGAGCAGCCUCCUCAUGGAGCUGGCCGGCCACAUUGUGUUUCUGAGGUACCAGAUCUACUAUGGUUACCCUCUGAAGACAUACCUGGAGUAUCCCAUCAUCAUUGCACAAGAUGUCAUUCUCAUUUACUGUAUUAUGCACUUCAGUGGAAAUGCGAAACGUGCUUUGGUCUAUGCACUCAUAUAUUGGGGGGGCUGGUACAUGCUAACACUGGAGAAGUGGAUAAUAGACCUGGCUAUGAAUGUGUGCACGUUCAUCAGUGCAGCUAGUAAGCUGGUUCAGCUGCAGCAUCUCUGGCAGACCAAAGAUUCUGGACAAGUGAGCACCCUGACCUGGGGAAUGUCUGUAUACACUUCUUCAGCAAGAAUUAUUACAACUGUAAUGACUACAAAUGAUCUUGCAGUUCUCAUCCGUUUCAUAAUCAUGCUCAUUCUCAAUAUUUGGGUCACAGCUACAAUUCUGCACUACAGGAAGACUAAAAAGACUGGUUAGAAGACAUUCAUCAGUACAUAUAUCAUUACCAUGAAAAAAAUAUAUAAUUAAGCCUAAAGAAUUUAAGAAUUCCUCAAAGACCGAGGAAGCUGUCUUUCUCUAAUAUUUACCCUUUAGCAUACUUCUAAGUAUUUACAGUACUUAGAGACUUACAAUGUAGUACAUUCAUGCUUAUUUUCUCUUAGAAAUAAUUCUGAUAAGAUACUUAAUUUAAGCAGCAUAUUUUUAUUGGUCAUUUCAGACAAGUUUCACUGAUACCACAUUUUCUCUGGAUUCUUUUUACUACAAGGUAUUUCAUAAUUAGAUGUAUAUAUACUCUGGUUUCACUUCAGUACUUUCUGGUUACAUAUAAGCAAUUUUCUUCAAUUAUACAUGAUCAAUUUUGCACCAACAUACUGACUCGUCCUUCUGCUGCAAGACUGAAAAACCACAACAGAUGUUUGUCUUCUUCUUGCAAGCAACUCAGUUAGUUCAACAUUAACUGUCUGUAUUUUAGGAUGAAGAAAAUCUGAGUCAAGGCCCAAUCCAGAACAAGAUUCUAAAUGUCUUUUACUAAGUCACAAAUCCAGUUGGGAUUGUAGCACUUACAUGCAACACUUAAAUAGUACAAUUUAUACAGCUGAUACAGGAUACCCACAGUCACUUUCCUCAGUAUACCCAGUAUAUAUCGGCUAAGAGCAAAAACUCAACCAUGAAUUCUUUUUCAACGUGAGCUCUCAUUCACUGAACAUACUGUUUUGGGAACAGCAGGGACUAGAAUGUAUGGGAAUUAAUGAAACUGUAACCAACAGUUAAAAAUGCUGUUCAAGCAGAAGUUCCUGGAACCAUAUGCAGAAUUCCCAAACACCAUCCUUACUGACAGUGACGUGCACCUUCAUGCAUCUCAGCAGACUGAUCGCCCAUCUUGUCAGGUUUUGGUGAUACUGCUCUGUGGUUCAUGAGGUUUUGGCCUGUCAGUGCUAAGUGUGUUGAAGAACACAGACUUCACUUAAACUUUUACUUCAGAAAUUCUAAUCAAUUUGUUGUACUUGAGUAAAAAGGGGGAAAGGAUAUUCUUGACAACAGGGGAUUUUGGAAGUACUGCCUUCACAACCAAAAGUUACAUUAGUAUUCAUACAGCUUGCCUUCAUUUCUCAUUACAUUCCCCAAAAUUAAAAGAUACAUUUCAAAAGAGUUCUUACAGUAUUGUGUUGAUUCCAUGUAAAAAACCAAGGCACCCUUGAUCCCAACACCCUUGAAAAAUAUGGGAAGACUGCAUUGACUACAUUUGAGGCAGGUUUUCUUCAGAACAUUCUAAAUUGUGUGACUGCUGUGGAGCAAAGGGAUCUGCAAAAGCAGAUGUUUCUUCCAGUGUGCACGCAGCAGCUGGAGCAGGGCCUUCACCAUCAGAAAAUAACUGCUUCAUACUCUGAAUUUUAGUGGGAAGGGCUGGGAAGAGACGUGUCUGUGGGCAUUGCUUUCAUGUAUCCCACAUUAUUGAGAGCAAGUCAAAGAUAAGCUUUUUUUUUACUGCUCCAAUAAAAUACAUCAAUCCUUC